AUGGCGGAGCCGUCUCCAAGUUGGUGGAAGAUGUCUUUCCUGAGGAAGAGAUCCCAGCCCAGGGUCCUGUACGAGAUCCCCGCCGAGUUUGUUUCCAACGCCGGCGCCGCGGCCCAGCACGGACCGGUCGCCGCCGCCGCAGGAGCCGCCGCCGCCCGACCCGAGGAUGAGGCCCGGCUGGAGAGGAUCGUGGAUAAGACCGCGGCGAGCAAAGGGCGCCAGGUCAAGGUGUCUCACUCCGGGAGGUUCAAGGAGAAGAAGAAAGUGCGAGCCACGCUGGCCGAGAACCCCGAGAUGUUUCCCGGGUGCGAGCCGGCGAGAGAUGAGAACCAGCGCGCCGGGAAGUGA